AUGAUCAUCUUUAUUGUCAUUCUCUAUCUUCCUUUCCUCAACAAACUUAAGACAAAUUUAUUCAUAGAUCUUGAUGAAUGCAAAACUGGGAGACAUGAUUGUGAUCCAAAUGCAAAAUGCAAGAAUUUACCCAAACGUGGUUAUGAAUGUCACUGCAAACCUGGUUUUAAGCAAUUUAACAGUGGCAGAGUAUGUCAGGACAUUAAUGAAUGUUCUGACAGUUCGAAAUGCUCACCCAAUGCCAACUGUACGAAUCUUCCUGGAUCAUACAACUGCCACGGAUGUGAUCCAGGUUUCACGGGCGAUGGAAUAAACUGCAAAGAUGUUGACGAAUGUAAGAAACUAAGUCCAUGUUCUAUCAAUGCAAUGUGCAAAAACACUUUUGGAUCUUAUCAAUGCACUUGUAAUAAAAGAUUUUACGGAAAUGGAACAGUGUGCACAGAUAUCAACGAAUGCUCAAUGCGCAUCCAUGAAUGUCCAUAUACAUCAAAAUGCAUUAAUACACCUGGUUCCUAUAUGUGUAAAUGUCCUGAGGGUUACAAUAUGGUAGACGACGUUUGUGAAGAUAUCGACGAAUGCGAUGAAAACACUCAUAAAUGUCACAGAAAUGCACGUUGCAAAAACGUUAUUGGCUCAUACAAAUGUCGCUGUGAAGAAAGCUUCAAACAUAUGAGCAAUGGCAGACUUUGCUUAAAAGGAAAGUUUGGUCUUUCGUGGAGAUGCGCUAAUGGUGAAAGAAAGGGAAAAAUGAAUUUUGCAUUUUUUGUACUUGUUCUAGGUGUUUGGUGUUUUUCUAUCAAAAAGUCAGUUUCACUCAAAACUUGUGACCUGAAAAAUCCCAGUACUUGUCCAAAAGGAUGGACAUGCAAACGGCUUUAUUCAUGGACAAAGCAGACUUAUUGCGUUGAUAUAGACGAAUGUGCGGAGUAUCGCCAUACUUGUUUCUCGCGUAGCGAAGAAUGUUUCAAUAAAAAAAACGGAUUCAAGUGCGUUUGUUCACCAGGAUACAAGAAAGAAAACGGAAAAUGUAUUGACAUAAAUGAAUGUUCCGACAGUUCAAAAUGCUCACCCAAUGCCAACUGUACGAAUCUACCUGGAUCAUACAAUUGCCACGGAUGUGAUCCAGGUUUCACGGGUGAUGGAAUAAACUGCAAUGAUAUGGAUGAAUGUGAAGAACUACGUCCAUGUUCUAUCAAUGCAAUGUGCAACAACACUUUUGGAUCUUAUCAAUGCACAUGUAAUAAAGGAUUUUACGGAAAUGGAGCAGUGUGCACAGAUAUCAACGAAUGUUCAGUGCGUAUCCAUGAAUGUCCAUAUAGAUCGAAAUGCAUCAAUACAUUUGGUUCUUAUACGUGUAGAUGUCCUAAGGGUUACAAAAUGAAAGACAAUGCUUGUGAAGAUAUCGACGAAUGCGAAACGAGUACUCAUAAAUGUCACGAAAAUGCACGUUGCACAAACUUUAUUGGCACGUACAAAUGUCGCUGUAAAGAUGGCUUUGAGCACAUGAGCAAUGGAAGAUACUGUUUAAAAGAAUCCUUGAAUGGAGAGACCACUUUUAUCAUUUCUGCCGUGUCAGCUGCUAUAUUCUUUGUUGCUUGGAUACUUUGUUGCCUUUAUUUUGUACGGAAAACAAAAAUGUCGAGUGAAAAAAUGGUCAAAGGGGAUUAUCAAAAACCAUCCGAAGCAACACCAGCUUUUACAUUUCAGCCGGGCGACAGCAAGAAGACAAUGUCUUUCAAUUCGUCUACAUCACAAACGUAUUAUGCAAAGAAUAAAAAUAAGUUAACGGAGAAAAAGUAUGGGAAACAUUACUAUUAAUUGACUAUUGGUGGUCACUCUUUCUGUAAAAUAUGAGUCAUUUUCUGGCGUUAAACGAGGAUUAUAAAAAUGUAAACCUCUUCAAUAAAAAAAUAUAUAAUUGUGAAUUA